AUGGAUCCAGAUACCCCUGAGAAUACAUAUGACAGCUAUGAGCAUAAGGCUCAGGUCCAAGUUCCUGAAUCGUCCCCAACUACAGCUAAGCAAGAAUCGUCACCUUUAAAGACGUACCCGCCUUCUAGUGGGGAUGGUAAACCCAGCAUAGCACAAUUACAUGAUCGGUUUACAUAUAGGCCUAAUAUUGCCCCUAGCAUGAUGGAAGAAAGCCAUAGUAUUGCAGGGACAUCUACUGGCAUAGAUGCUCAUCUGAAGGAAAUUCGACAACAUUAUCCAGACUUUUCUGAAACCCUAAUUAGGGCAGUAUUCAAGUCAAACUCAUUUAGUAUUCCCUUGACUAUUGAUAGAUUAAAUGAGUUACGUGAAAAAAAGAUGGCCAAGUCUUGGGCGAUGCCUUCUAAGAAGUUUGGCGCUGGCACUUCAAGGCUGCCAUCUUUAAGGCUGAAUGGUCCGCUAAUAUCCAACAAUAUGGAUACGACUGGAGUAAUGCAAAGGAUGGAACAUAACGUUGUUGUUGAGUCUCCUGAGCGGUCGUCAAAGAUAACACUAGAAAGACAAAAGAAGUCUAUUUUCGAUCGUUAUUCCCAUGUGAUGCAUCAAGGUAAAAUGGGCCCUUCCAUGGAGCAAGUGCAAAUGCAAAAUGUACCGUGGAGAGUAGAACCACCUAUUUCAAAAAAAAGAAAACUAGUCCGUGCUGAUAAUUUGGUAGCAGUUUCCAAGAAAUCUAAAAAGGAGAAAGUUUCUCUUAGCGAUGAGGAGGAAGACGAGAUCAGCGCUGAAGAGGGGAGUGCGGACGAUAUUAGUGGGGACGAUUACGAAGAGAGAAGUCAUGAGAUAGAUAUUGACGAUCAGGUUUUGCAGUUCUUAAAUGAAGCAGAGGCUGGAGACAUUGCUGAUCUAGCAGAAACCCCGAUUGAUAAAGCAUUGGCGCUGAUUGCAAAAAGACCCUUCAAGUCAUUGGAUAGCUUUAGCACAAUGGACUUUGUAGUAGAAGGUGAAUCAGAGGCCACAGAUAAGAGGACAUCUAGUAGAAGGCGUGGACAAACUAAAAAGGAUGGCGCGAAGAUGUUGGAAAAGAUCACGCAGUCCAUGCAAGGUUACAACGCUAUAGAAUCGUUGAUUAAGAAAUGCUCAUCAUAUGGUAACUUAAUAGCCAAUGAGAUAAAGAAAUGGGGCGUUCAAGUUGAACAGAAUAGUGAGGGAGAACUGAACAUUAUGGAAGUUAAAGUUGAUGAAUCAGAAAGUGACAAUGAUAACGAUGUUUCCGAAGUCUCUAAUAAUGGGCAUCAAGCGUCUCAUAAUCCUCCAGUAAGUGAUAGUGAAAGUAGUGGACACGAAAACCACGCAAGUGAGCAAGAGUUAAGUGAUGAGGGGCAGGAAGAAGAAGAGGAGGAGGAGGAGGAGGAGGAGGAGGAAUUUGACGAUGUAUAUGAAGAUAGUGAAGACGAGGAAUUCAGCCAUACUCGGCGUCGUGGUAACCGCGGUAACGGAUAUGACAAAUCGGGAAAGAAAGAAGUUAAGUUCUUUAAGCGUAAACCUAAGCUACUUGCUCCAGAUGUAACUCUAAAGGACUAUCAGCAAACCGGUAUAAAUUGGUUAAAUCUACUAUAUCAAAAUAAUCUGUCCUGUAUUUUAGCUGAUGAGAUGGGGCUCGGAAAAACAUGCCAAGUUAUUUCCUUUAUCGCAUACUUAAAGGAAAUUCGUCAACCGGGUCCGCAUUUAAUCGUGGUUCCAUCUUCCACUUUGGAGAACUGGUUGCGUGAAUUUGAAAAGUUCUGUCCUAAAUUAAAAAUAGAACCUUACUACGGCUCGCAACAAGAAAGAUCUAAAUUGCGUGAAAUUCUUGAAGAAAAUGAGGGUAAAUAUGAUGUCAUUGUGACAACCUACAAUCUGGCAUCUGGAAACAAGCUAGACGUUUCGUUUUUAAAGAAUCGGAGUUUCAAUGUGGUGGUUUAUGAUGAAGGCCAUAUGCUUAAGAACUCAAUGUCUGAACGAUUUACUAAACUAAUGAAAAUCCACGCUAACUUUCGCUUACUGCUAACAGGCACUCCGCUUCAAAACAAUCUAAGAGAACUAAUGUCAUUGUUGGAGUUUAUUAUGCCCUCAUUGUUUGUGUCCAAGAAGGAAGAAUUAGCGGCAGUCUUUAAACAAAGGGCAAGAACCUAUGAUUCUAACGUUGAUUAUAAUCCCCUUUUAGCACAAGAGGCUAUAGAUCGUGCUAAAACAAUGAUGAAACCCUUUAUUCUACGGAGACGUAAGGAUCAAGUUCUCAAGCAUCUUCCCGCAAAGCAUACCAGGAUAAUGUUGUGUGAGAUGACGGCAGCACAGAAAUCCAUCUACCAGCGGGAAAUCCGUCUGGUUAUGGAACAUAAACGCAUGCAACGUGAAGGCGUCCUUCCUGCAGAUCCGAAAGAGAGAGCGAAACUUACACAAUCGACUUCUAAGAACCUUAUCAUGGCACUAAGAAAGGCAUCUAUACAUCCUCUACUGUUCAGACAUGUUUACACUGACAAGAUAAUUGACAAAAUGAGCGACCGCAUCCUUGAUGAGCCUGAGUAUUCCGACAAUGGUAAUAGAGAGUACAUUCGGGAAGACAUGAGUGUGAUGAGCGACUUCGAGCUGCACAACCUUUGUUGUAAAUUCCCCAAUACCCUAAGCAAAUUCCAACUCAAGAAAAAAGAGUGGAUGCAAUCGGGCAAAGUGGAUAAACUAAAAGAAAUCCUCAGUGGAAUAAUGGAGAGGAAAGAGAAAGUCCUCAUUUUCUCACUAUUUACCCAGGUUUUAGGCAUUCUAGAAUUGGUUCUUUCGACCCUAAACAUUAAUUUUCUUCGGUUGGACGGAUCAACGCAGGUGAAUGACCGUCAGGCACUAAUUGAUAGGUUUCAAGACGACGAUUCUAUCCCAGUUUUCAUCCUUUCCACGAAAGCUGGUGGAUUUGGAAUUAACCUCGUUUGUGCAAACAAUGUGAUCAUCUUUGACCAAAGUUUUAAUCCUCAUGAUGACAAACAGGCUGCUGACAGGGCACAUAGAGUUGGACAAGAAAAAGAAGUUACAGUAACCACUCUUAUUUCUCAACAUUCUAUCGAAGAAAAAAUUUUACAGCUUGCAAAGAAUAAACUUGCACUUGAUUCUUCAAUCAGCUCAGAAAAUAAGAAUAAAGAAGCUGACUUAGAAACAAAGGUUUCCGAUCUACUAGAAGACAUUCUAUACGACGAGAAUGUCAAUUCCUGA